AUGAGUAGCGGGACAGUCGCACAGACAUCUCAGCCUGCCAAAGAUCUACAAAGGGACUCUCCGACGAGUCCAGAGCCGCGGGAACUCGACGAAUUUGGUCUCCCUCAGCGUCCCGUCACUCCACGGCCGCCUCCUGCUGAUUCAUCAGACAGCGAAGAUGAAGAUGAGAAUGAUUCAUUUCACGAUGCUGAGGCCGACGCAACUGCGACUGGCCAGGCUGUCGAUCAACAAGAGAAGAUCAGACCUGCUCCCUUAGAAAACGAGAGUCAUGAGGACCCAAGUGAAAGCCAACCACGAACAAGAGGCGACACAAGUGGGGUUACUAUGGCCACUGACAAGACUUCCACUUCACCAUCCCGCCAGGAACUCGAGAAAUCUCUGCAAGACCAAAAGGAGAAGUCUACCAAUGAACACGAUAAGGAGGCAGCAAGACCGCCAGAAGCUCCAACUGUCGAAGCUCCUACCUCUUCGGAUCCAGAUCCCGCUCUAUCAUCGAACGAAGAUGCCUCACCCAAAAAUUCUCUUCGACCGUCGAGCCCUGCGAUCGCCAAGCGCGAAAGUCGCUUGAGUGGCCCUGCCGUCUCUGAAUGGUCCCACCAGCGGCAAAUCACAAAACCCGAGUCUGAUGACGAAGAAGAGAUUAAAUGGCAGGCAAUGCCUGCUAUAGAUGAAUUUGAUAUAUUUGACGACAACGGCAGACUGGUCGCAAAGGGGAACAAAGAAGAUGCAGAAGCAUCAAACGCAUACUCGGGAAUUGGUGGUGCUGGUAAAGGCUAUACUAGAGUCCAACUCGAUGAGGAUGCACAAUCAGCCACUAGCAUGGACGAGGACACGAACUACCUGUUCCAAAGCGGAGCCAAAGACAAGUCCAAAGAUGAAGAUAAUAUCGACGAAUUUGAAGACCAAGAGCAGAGAGACGCGCUUACCCAGUUAAAAGCCACCAAAGACCUUCUGACAGAGGGCCAGCGAAUCGCCUAUGUUGGUGUUGUACGGCUAACGAUUCAUAAGAUGUUUCAGGCCUUAACCGCCAUGGAAACUACCCGGUCUACCAAAAAGGAAAUUGGCAAGGCUCUUGAGAGCAUGGAUAAAUGGGGACAGAAGAUGAUGGUGCGCUUGUAUGCACACAUGGAAAUCAGCGUGGACGAGCAGAUGAUGAUUGAGCAAUUGGCAGAACAUGGCGUUCAGCCUUCAGACCUAAGCUCCCCCUUAAUGCUCAACGCAAGAGUGAAGAACCCAAUGGCUAAGGAAAACAAGUCUGAACUAGAAAUUCCCUCAGAGUCAAGCGAUCGAAAUUCGACGUCUUCCCGGCUUUCUUCGAAGAGCGAAGUGUCCCUGAAAGAGCCAGCGAAUGAUGAAACAGUUCCCGAAGUUCAUGGCCCAUCAGACAUGCCUCGGUCGAGGCAAAUCGAGUUGGAUUUGCGGUGGACUGUUCUCUGUGACCUUUUUUUGGUACUCAUCUCGGAUAGCGAAUAUGACUCCCGCUCCAGAAGAUUGCUGGAGAGAGUCGGUUCUACCAUGGACAUCAACUGGGUCCAAAUUUGUCGAUUCGAGAAAAGAGUUAUCGACUCGCUAGAAAUGCAAGAAGCUGAAGCCAAAGAAAAUUGGGACGAGACGGAUAACAUGGAGCGCAGGAGAAAAUUAGGCUUGAAGCGAAAAUACGUCGUGAUGGGCCUUGCCACGGUGGGCGGUGGCCUGGUUAUUGGGCUGUCAGCAGGCUUAUUGGCCCCCGUGAUUGGUGCAGGUCUAGCUGCCGGCUUUACUACUAUCGGUGUCGGAGGCACCGCCGGGUUUCUGGGAGGAGUUGGCGGAGCUGCGCUGAUCACUUCUGGCGCCACACUCGCUGGAGGCACAAUUGCUGUUCGAGCCUCAGAUCGUCGGACUGGACAUGUGAAGACUUUCGAAUAUCGCCCUUUGCACAAUCACAAAAGACUCAAUCUCAUCCUGACCAUUGCCGGGUGGAUGAACGGCAAGGUCGAUGAUGUACGCUUGCCUUAUAGCACCGUUGAUCCGAUCAUGGGAGACAUCUACUCCUUGUUGUGGGAACCCGAAAUGCUGCAGUCUAUGGGUGACACAAUCAAUAUUCUUGCAACAGAAGCCCUGACACAGACUGUUCAGCAAGUUCUUGGCAGUACCAUUCUGGUCGCUCUCAUGGCAUCAAUCCAGCUGCCAGUUGUCUUGUCGAAAUUGGCUUACCUAAUUGACAAUCCUUGGAGUGUUUCAUUGGAUCGCGCCAAUGCGGCAGGCCUUAUAUUGGCCGAUUCUCUGAUCGACAGACACCUUGGGCAAAGGCCAAUCACCUUGGUCGGCUUUUCACUUGGUUCGAGGGUCAUCUUUACUUGUCUUAAAGAGCUGUCGAAUCGUGCAGCAUACGGGCUGAUACAAAAUGUAUACCUUUUCGGAUCACCUGUGGUUGUUAAAAAGGAUGAGUACUUGCGAGCACGUUCAGUGGUUUCAGGGCGCUUUCUCAAUGGCUAUGCAUCCAAUGAUUGGAUCUUGGGAUACCUAUUUCGAGCAACAUCUGGUGGCAUUAUGCGUGUUGCAGGUCUUGCUCCAGUUGAAGGUAUUCCUGGAAUUGAGAAUAUGGAUGUCAGCAAGUUUGUCAACGGGCACAUGGCAUAUCGAACUGCCAUGCCAAGGUUGAUGCGAGAGGCUGGUUGGGAAGUCGAGAGUGAUGAAUUCAGUGAAAUUGAAGAUCCCGAUCCUGAAAACCAUGCACAGCGGCAGAGAGAGCUGAUUCAAGAAAUCGACGAAGCCCGCAAAAAGGCAGAAGAGAAGCCGGAAAAGAAAAGAUUUGGACUUUUCAAGAGAGGAAAAUUGGCAGAGAAGAAGGGUUGGGAAACAUACAACUUGAAUGAGAACGACCACAAGAGAUCUCAAAGUGGAGGGGGAAAGGAGUCCGACACUUCCAAGGGAGGAGAUCUUAAUGUUCUUUUUGACAUUGAUGCAAUUCGAAAGGAGCUCGAAAGUGAAAUGAUUGAGGUCCGCGAGCUGAACAGUACGUUGCCACCUAUGCAAAUUACAUCGUACGCAAGGGAUGGAGAAAAGCAGGUUGAAUACCUUCGACUUCCACCAGACCUGAAACCUGAGGAGGUCGCCAGAAUGAAUCUUCCGCCUCGACCAGAUGACAUCGACGUAAGCAUUGGUCCUCUGAGACCAGCAAGAACAUCUUCGCUACAACCAAUGCCGCGUGCAUAUAGUCCCCAGGUAUCUCCACGACUAAGUCCACAACGCUCUCCACGCGAGAGUCCGCAGAGGCCCUUAAAUGCUUCUCCCGCCACAGCUAGACGCCUCUCAUACAAUUAUACAGAGCCGAAGGAACUCGUCAGUACACUACCGCCGCUAGCGUUAACCCCCUCUCCAAGACUAGAUAGCCAAGCCAUAGCUUCGACAACAGCUCGUCCAGAAGUCAAACAACAUGCAGUCGAUCCAGCUCCUACUGGGUGGAACUCGCAUUCUACGAUCAAUGGAGGUUGCACCCCGACGUUACAAGGCUUAAACCUCGAACAUAAUGCCUGGGCUGAUGAUGACGACGAUUUUGGUCAGAAACGUGAAGGAAAUAUAUCAAUGACCUUCGAAUGA